AUUGCUUCCUGGUGUCAGAGGACACGCACAAGAUGGCCGCCACCUGCGGACAUUGAAAGUUGUUAUUCUUUAGUGUCAAUGUGACACAUUUGGACUUGUUCUACUUUCUGAAGCGGCUGACAACCGGCGGUGAUGGCGGCGAUGUUCCGAAGCGUGCGAGUUGCACGGCUGCUAGCGCCUGGAAGGACCGCGCUGGUGGAAGCGCAACGCGGACGAAAGUCGCGCACCGACCCGGUGGCCAAAUCCAAGCUGGGGCGAAUCAAAGUACCACCGCCGGUGGACCCGGUGGAGAUGGUCGUGCUGCGGGAGAGAUACACCGACUACAAGCUCAUCAUGAGGGCGCUGCGUGUGGAGUUCAAGGAGGAGGUGCUAAGGAGGAAGUACGAGGAGGAGACGGGUUCCAUGGCGGAGGAGCGAGCACGGCAGGAGGCUGAGGAACACAGCAAUCUGAUGGACUUCAACCGUCAAGAGAACCUGCGCUUGCUCCAACUUCGACUUUUGAGGAUCCAGAAGGAAACGGAAGAGGCUGAACGCAAGAAGCUAGAAGAAGCUCUUCAGCAAGAAGAGCAACAGCAAGAAUUCGUCAGGCAGAAAGAAGAUGAAAUUGUGCAGCUGCAGGAAGAGGCAAAGAACUUCAUCACGUUGGACAACUUGGACCAACGCAUUGAGGAAGCUCUGGACAACCCCAAGAAUUACAACUUUGCUGUGGAUAAGGAAGGUCGAGUCGUUAAACAGACGGUGUUGCGGUGACAAUUUUGGACAAGAAAGACAUUUGCAAGGAUCACCCAUCAAAAAGUUAGUUUACAACCACUUCUUGAUGGCUGGCUUUUCUUGACCACAUUUGUGAUAGUCAUUUUCAAUGUCAUGCCAAUAAAGGGUGAAAAGGA